CAACAGCUCUCACCUAAUGUGAAUAUACGAUACUUUCGCACCCCUCUGUAUAACUCCAAACAAUAAAUACAAUUAAUACGAUCAUGACAUGAUAAUGCUGUGAUUAUUAGGUCUUCUACUAUCGCAGGUAUUGGCCAAUAUGUAUGGCCAUGCCAGUACUGUCUACCGCAAAUAAAUGAGUCCGACAAACGGCUGAUGCUGGCAAAGGACGAAAUACUGUACGUAUACAACCUUGUAUACAUUAUUACGACUGCUGUUUACUUUCUGCUGUUUUUCAUAAUUAAGACACACAGAAAAAGCUUCCUCAAAAAAUUAAGCUAAACGUAUUUAUUUCCACAUCUGGAGACACUAGCGGUUUUAAUUGUAACAUGGUCCCAAAUCGAAAGCGGAACCCGUCUUAAGCAAUUCCUCUUUUGACCGAAAUUCAGUGCUUUUUUAAAAAAAUGAGGAUUUUUGUCCCUUUUUCUUAAGAAUGCAAAGAACUGUCUCAAAUCAAUAGUUCCCUUUGUAUCGAUUUAGAUCCGUACAUUAUUUUAACAUUUCAGGGUCAUCAUCCAAUGCAAUAUUUUCACAGUGUCUCUGCGAGGACAUAUUUUUUGUUAAAAAUGAAGGCCUAUAUAAAAUUGCCGCGAAUAUUACUUAAAGCCGCUAUAUGUCUGCUUACUCUGGCAUGUCGAUGUUUUCGUAUUAAUCUGCAAACAGUGGUGUGCGUGGAUAGAUGGUGGUGUGGUAAAGUUUUGUCAGUCCCAAAGCUUUCCCCUGAAGACCUCUUUUAACUUCUGUCUUUGGGAGGGGAUUUGUGGCGGCAUUGUCUCGCCUCUUCGUGAUCGUUCAGCUACACUAUACUCUGCUUGGAAUUAUAGAUUCGUCAAUAUUUCGUCUUUUUACGGUACCCGAGCCGGAAGUUUCAGUAACUUAUUAGUAUUGGUGAAAAGAGUAACUUGCUGCUUCUGUAGAGUUCAAAGUGAUCGCAGGGACACGCUGACUCUGUUGAAAUGUUUCAGGAUUUUAAGAAGACUAGAUAUGGAAGAUUCAUGAAUGGCCGAGUGCCGCCCCACAAAAGGUACCAACCCACGGAUUAUGAGCACGCGGCCAACUGUGCCACUCAUGCGCUCUGGAUCCUUCCCAGCAUCCUCGGCAGCUCCCUCUUGCACUUCCUCUCUGACAACCAAUGGGAGACAGUUACCGCAUGGAUCUAUGGCCUGGGGCUGUCAGGCCUCUUCACCGUGUCCACCGUGUUCCACACCAUCUCCUGGAAGAUGAGCCACUUCCGGACUGUGGAGCACUGCCUGCACAUGUGCGACAGGAUGGUGAUCUACUUCUUCAUCGCAGCUUCCUACGCCCCCUGGCUGAACUUGAGAGACCUGGGUCCUUGGGGCUCUCACAUGCGCUGGGUCAUAUGGGUCAUGGCGUGCAUCGGCACGGCCUACGUCUUCUUCUUCCAUGAGCGGUUCAAGAUUAUAGAGUUGCUAUGUUACACAGUUAUGGGGUUCUGUCCUGCCUUGGUGAUCCUGUCAAUGACUGACAGGGGUGGCGUCUUUGAGCUGCUCCUAGGGGGCGUGGCCUACUGCAUGGGUAUCGUGUUCUUCAAGAGCGACGGGCUCGUCCCCUUUGCGCACGCCAUCUGGCACCUGUUCGUGGUGCUGGGAGCCAGCGCUCACUAUUACGCUAUAUGGAGGUACCUGUAUGUGCCUGGAAAUGGGCAGAUGAAGACCUCAAGAUGACACGACUGCACAACUUGCCCACAAAAUCUCCCUGGAGACCUGCGACUAACUGCUGGUGUGACCAAGUCCGACAGCUUAAUGAGAGGCAGUAACCAGGUUCCUGUGACAGAUGUAGCAUCUAAAUGACCUUUUGGUCAACAUAAGUCUUAGUCUUAGUCUAGUACUGUAGCUUUGCCUUUUGAGUCCAAAAACAUGCAGCUAGGAGAGCUGGAGACUCUGUAAUGCCCAGAGUGCAUGAUGGUGAGUGGAUACCUGGCACCAGACUGGCCUCCUAUCCAGGUGGCCUCUUGUCUCACACCCUUUGCUUCCUAGAAUAGGCUACAAAUGCACUUUGACCUUGUAUAAGAUAUGUGACUUUAGAAGGUGGAAGGAUGGAUGGUUGCUAUGUUGUCAUUAUUUAAGAUCGAUGUCCAAAACAAUCCAGAACAGAACUGUAAUGGAGAACCGGGCCGACAGAUGCCACAUUCUCCUCAUUGCUCAUUAGUAUCCUCAGCAGACCGUGUUUACAUAUAAGGUGUCCACGGAUCACUUUGAGUAAUGCGAGAUGCGCCUGGACACCAGUGUUGUCCUUAUUUGUUGAACUCACUAAUAGCCUCUUAAGCCUUCUUAAGAAGCCCCCAAGAGGGGGGGGGGGGGCAUACCAUAACACAAACAAAGGGCAUCUUCCAGUUCACCUGUAGGCAGAGACCUGGACAGGGAAGUGUGGUGUAUUUAUUUAUUUAUUUAUUUAUUCGUGCCCCCUGCCUCUCUGAUGCCAGUCCACUGAGCUCUCAUUGGCUGGCAGGCUGUCCUGAUGCCAAGCAGAUUUUAGUGCAGGCUGCCCGCCUUGGGGGGGACCAGUUUAUUAAAGGCUUGUUUUUAGGUCAUGUAAUUGUGAAGGGAUCCAGAUAUAGUUUGGCUUUGGGACACUUCAAGUAGCUUCCUAAACACUGGUUAGCGCACUCAGCUAAAGCGACAGCAUGAAAUAGCAGAUUCCUAGAGAGGCUGAACUAUACAUGGUCUGCAAAUACUGCAAAUUAUACAGCAUGGCAUCUAGUGAGAUUCAAAAAUAAUGAACAGUGUACUGUAAUGAGGAGGUUUCUUAUGGUUUAUCUUAAACAUUAUUUUCUGUGCAAGAUGCCUAAACAAACACAAAUGUAACCAUAAUUAAGGGAAUUGAGGCAUAAUCCAGGUUUGCCAACUGUCACACAUCUGGCUUGGCACUCACACUUUCAGACUCUCAUGCUUUCAGACUCUCACGCUUUCAGACUCUCAUGCUUUCAGACUCUCACGCUUUCAGACUCUCAUACUUUCAGACUCAUACUUUCAGACUCUCACGCUU